CUCCUCCUCUGUCGUCGCAAAUCUGUCGGCUUCCCCUUGCAACAUUAACAAUGGAUGGCUCGUCUUCUCAUUGUGGCAUUCUCUUAGAAGCCGCCUCCUCGAGCGAGCAACAAUGGGCGAUAAUGACACCAUCUGCUGAGAAGAAUUGCGUAACGGGAGAUAUUGAAAUGACAGACAUUGCAUCCGAUGGCUCUAUCUUGGGCACUAACAUUCCACUAGAUGAUAUUACUCCAUUUGAAGGGAAGGAGUUUAUAAGUGACAAAGAUGCAUACAACUAUUACAAUGCUUAUGCAAAGAAGAUUGGGUUUGGAAUUCGCAAAGACACUUUGGAGAAGUCAAAGAAGGCUUCAGGGGAGAUUAUUUCCAGAACAUUUGUAUGCAACAAAGCAGGGAAAAAGAAGGUGCCGAGAGAAAAUGAAAGUGGAAUAAUUAACAACCGCCGACCGGAAACUAGACUUAAUUGUGAUGCAAAAAUGAAGAUUAGGUUGACUUCCUCAAAAACGUGGAAGGUUACUAAGUUUAUUGCCGAACAUAUUCAUGCUUUAACAAGUGAGAUAGUUUGUGAGAUAAUUUACAAAAGUAUUUUGGAGCUCAAGAGUAACGAGGUGUUAUGUACUAUUUUGGUUAUUGACUAAUGUAUGGACUACUUUGGGUGUUUAUUGACUAAUAUGAUUGUAUGGACUUGUUGAUGUCAGUGAACUUUGAUGAUGUAUGAACUUAUUGAUGCUAUUCAGUUUUAAAUUAUUGGUAAGUCGUAUUGUA